AUGGAUCUAGUCUCACCGCCGGAAACACCAAGUGUGGCUUCUCCUAGUGGCCGGCAACCUGCUACCGGGCCUCACAAUCAACCUCACAGCAUACACCACGCGAUCUCAUCGUCACCGCGAUACCCUGGGCCCAAUGGCCUGGGUCCUCGCGUUUCCAUCACUCCAAAAGCUGUUAGCACAAACAGAAUAAACGAACUCUCAUUCCGGGCGUCCUCGGCCCGGCCGGACAAGCAAUUACCACACUUGGCCGGCUCUUCCAUAAACGGCAUCACUGGUCACAAUCUGACUACCAAAGUUGAGGAUGCUGAUGAUGCGGACGGCGAUGACGACGAGGAUCAGUCGGACUCCGACUCCGACUCGGUAACCAGUGGCAGCAUCUCGAAAUCGUCGAGCUCGGCAGAAUUGUCAAGUCCACCAAUAACGUCACGACCAGCACCUCUCCGGCGGCGGGCGGGCCGAACGAGCGGCUCAGCUUCUCCAGCAUACACGCCUAGAGAAUGCAGAGUAAAAUCUAGCGAAACAAGACGCCCCUCUUUUGGCGGUAAUGCAACGCAAUUUUCGACACGCCUGCUUGUUGUUGAGGCAGCCUUGGUCAUCGAGGAGAUCAGCGACUUCGACAGCGAUAACGGCCGUAUCCAGGUCAUUUUGCCAUACGAAAUCGAGGAGGCGGAGUCGGAGCGUGAAAGAACACCAGACCCAAAUCAUAACCGAAGCGGAAAGCUUAACGCGGGCAGGGCACAGCGUCGGCGGUCCUCUGCUCGCCUGUCCCGCCUUCCCGAAAUUGAUCGAAGCGUCAUGAGUGGUCUCCGAGGAUUCUCAUUUCGAAACGACUCAGACGAAGAAGCACUGAUUGACGAGGACGAAGAGGAUGGAUCUGAUUUUGACGAGAAUGCUCACAAUCUCUUCCGCCUCAAGCAACGUGCUGAGAGGCGUCGGCGUCGUAUGACCUCUGGAAGCAUAAGCAAACGUACAAUAAGUGAGAGCAUUGGCAGCGACACGGACAAUGAAGACCUCAUGGCAAUGCUCGAUGAAAGUGAGGUCGGCUCGAGUGCCCGUCGCCUACGACGCCGCAUCGGCGACCGCCACAGCCUACAGUUUCAAGAUCCUCCUCCGCCUCGAAUUGAUGAGCUCGAAGAGCCAGAUACGAGCGAUAACGAAGACGACGUCAAAGAGUUAACUCGGGAUGGUGAAACACUGGCGCGGGAGCUCCCAUACUACACCCUGGAAUACAUCAGCAUGGAGGUCGAUUCCCCAUGA